GCCGAGCGGCCCGGGCGGCCGGGCGGGCACCAUCGCAGCGUCUCUCCGCUAGAGGAGGGGACCAAGCCAAUUCUCCUUUGCAGCAAAAAAUAAAAAAAAUAAAAAUAAAAAAUUACAUGUAUAUAUUAUUAAGAUAAUAUAUACAUCUGAUUUUAUUUUUUACAAAAAGUUUAUUUUGCUCCAUUUUUUUUUAAAACGGAGCGUGGGUGGCAGGCGGUUUUUAUAAAUUAUCCUUUAUUUUUGGUGAUUUGUCUCUGUCCUUCCCCACCCCCUGCUGAAGCGAAAAUAAGGGCAGGGACCGCGGCUCCUAUCUAUUCGUAACCCCCUUUACCCGAUCCUCCUCCUCCCUAACGCUGAGCAUAGUGCCCUGCACACAGUAGGCACUCAAUAAAUGUUCGUGGAUGAUGAUGAUGAUGAUGAUGAAAAAAAUGCAGCAUCAACGGCAGCAGCAAGAGGACCACGCGAACGAGGCAAACUAUGCAAGAGGCACCAGACCCCCUAUUUCUGGGGAAGGACCAACUUCCCAGCCGAACAGCUCCAAGCAAACUGUCCUGUCUUGGCAAGCUGCAAUCGAUGCUGCUAGACAGGCCAAGGCUGCCCAGACCAUGAGCACCUCCGCACCCCCACCUGUAGGAUCUCUCUCCCAAAGAAAACGUCAGCAAUACGCCAAGAGCAAAAAACAGGGUAACUCGUCCAACAGCCGGCCUGCCCGAGCCCUUUUCUGUUUAUCGCUCAAUAACCCCAUCCGAAGAGCCUGCAUUAGUAUAGUGGAAUGGAAACCUUUUGACAUAUUUAUAUUAUUGGCUAUUUUUGCCAAUUGUGUGGCCUUAGCUAUUUACAUCCCAUUCCCUGAAGAUGAUUCUAAUUCAACAAAUCAUAACUUGGAAAAAGUAGAAUAUGCCUUCCUGAUUAUUUUUACAGUGGAGACAUUUCUGAAGAUUAUAGCGUAUGGAUUGUUGCUGCACCCUAACGCGUAUGUUAGGAAUGGAUGGAAUUUACUGGAUUUUGUUAUAGUAAUAGUAGGAUUGUUUAGUGUAAUUCUGGAACAAUUAACCAAAGAAACAGAAGGCGGGAACCACUCUAGUGGCAAAUCAGGAGGCUUUGAUGUCAAAGCCCUCCGUGCCUUCCGAGUGUUAAGACCACUUCGACUUGUAUCAGGAGUGCCCAGUUUACAAGUUGUUCUGAACUCCAUUAUAAAAGCCAUGGUCCCCCUCCUUCAUAUAGCCCUUUUGGUAUUAUUUGUAAUUAUCAUCUAUGCUAUUAUAGGAUUGGAACUUUUUAUUGGAAAAAUGCACAAAACAUGUUUUUUUGCUGACUCAGAUAUCGUAGCUGAAGAGGACCCAGCUCCGUGUGCGUUCUCAGGGAAUGGACGCCAGUGUGCCGUCAAUGGCACGGAAUGCAGGAGUGGCUGGGUGGGCCCCAAUGGAGGCAUCACCAACUUUGAUAACUUUGCCUUCGCCAUGCUCACUGUGUUCCAGUGCAUCACCAUGGAGGGCUGGACAGACGUGCUCUACUGGAUGAAUGAUGCUAUGGGAUUUGAAUUGCCCUGGGUGUAUUUUGUCAGUCUCGUCAUCUUUGGGUCAUUUUUCGUACUAAAUCUUGUACUUGGUGUAUUGAGCGGAGAGUUCUCAAAGGAAAGGGAGAAGGCUAAAGCGCGAGGCGAUUUCCAGAAGCUUCGGGAGAAGCAGCAGCUGGAGGAGGAUCUCAAGGGCUACUUGGACUGGAUCACCCAAGCAGAAGACAUAGAUCCCGAGAACGAGGAGGAGGGCGGAGAGGAAGGCAAACGAAACACUAGCAUGCCCACCAGUGAGACGGAAUCUGUGAACACCGAGAACGUAAGUGGCGAAGGCGAGACCCAGGGAAGCUGUGGAAGUCUCUGGUGCUGGUGGAAAAGAAGAGGCGCGGCCAAGACUGGGCCCUCUGGGUGCCGGCGGUGGGGUCAAGCCAUCUCGAAAUCCAAACUCAGCCGACGCUGGCGUCGCUGGAAUCGAUUCAAUCGCAGGAGGUGCAGGGCUGCCGUGAAAUCUGUCACGUUUUACUGGCUGGUUAUUGUCCUGGUGUUUCUCAACACUUUAACUAUUUCCUCUGAGCACUACAAUCAGCCUGACUGGCUGACACAGAUUCAAGACAUUGCAAACAAAGUCCUCUUGGCUCUGUUCACCUGUGAGAUGCUGGUGAAGAUGUACAGCUUGGGCCUCCAGGCGUAUUUUGUCUCCCUCUUCAACCGGUUCGACUGCUUUGUGGUGUGUGGGGGGAUCACCGAAACCAUCCUGGUGGAGCUGGAGCUCAUGUCUCCUCUGGGGGUCUCUGUGUUCCGGUGCGUGCGCCUCCUGAGGAUCUUCAAAGUGACCAGGCACUGGACUUCCCUGAGCAACUUGGUGGCGUCCUUGCUGAACUCCAUGAAGUCCAUCGCCUCCCUGCUGCUGCUCCUCUUCCUCUUCAUCAUCAUCUUCUCCUUGCUGGGGAUGCAGCUGUUUGGGGGGAAGUUCAAUUUUGAUGAGACCCAAACCAAGCGAAGCACCUUUGACAACUUUCCCCAAGCGCUCCUGACUGUGUUCCAGAUCCUGACAGGUGAAGACUGGAAUGCGGUGAUGUAUGACGGCAUCAUGGCCUACGGAGGCCCAUCCUCUUCUGGGAUGAUUGUCUGCAUCUACUUCAUCAUCCUCUUCAUCUGUGGCAACUAUAUCCUACUGAACGUCUUCUUGGCUAUUGCUGUAGACAAUUUGGCUGAUGCUGAAAGCUUGAACACUGCUCAGAAAGAGGAAGCUGAAGAAAAAGAGAGGAAAAAAAUUGCCAGAAAAGAAAGCCUAGAAAAUAAGAAGAACAACAAACCAGAAGUCAACCAGAUAGCCAACAGUGACAACAAGGUUACGAUUGAUGAUUAUCAGGAAGAGACGGAAGAUAAGGACCCUUACCCACCCUGUGAUGUACCAGUAGGUGAAGAGGAGGAGGAGGAGGAGGAGGAGCCCGAGGUCCCUGCUGGCCCCCGUCCUCGCAGAAUCUCAGAGCUGAACAUGAAGGAGAAGAUUGUACCCAUCCCCGAAGGAAGUGCUUUCUUCAUCCUUAGCAAGACCAACCCGAUCCGCGUGGGCUGCCACAAGCUCAUUAACCACCACAUCUUCACCAACCUCAUCCUGGUCUUCAUCAUGCUGAGCAGCGCCGCCCUUGCGGCCGAGGAUCCCAUCCGCAGCCAUUCAUUCCGGAACACUAUACUGGGUUACUUUGACUAUGCUUUCACAGCCAUCUUUACGGUGGAGAUCCUGCUGAAGAUGACGACUUUUGGAGCUUUCUUGCAUAAAGGGGCUUUCUGCAGGAACUACUUCAAUUUGCUGGACAUGCUGGUUGUCGGAGUGUCUCUGGUGUCCUUUGGGAUUCAAUCCAGCGCCAUCUCCGUGGUGAAGAUUCUCAGGGUCCUGAGGGUUUUGAGGCCUCUCAGAGCAAUCAAUAGAGCAAAAGGACUCAAGCACGUGGUCCAGUGUGUCUUUGUGGCCAUCCGAACCAUUGGCAACAUCAUGAUUGUCACCACCCUGCUCCAGUUCAUGUUCGCGUGCAUCGGGGUCCAGUUGUUCAAGGGGAAGUUCUAUCGGUGCACAGACGAAGCCAAAAGUAACCCCGAAGAAUGCAGGGGGCUCUUCAUUCUCUAUAAGGAUGGGGAUGUCGACAGUCCCGUGGUCCGUGAGAGGAUCUGGCAGAACAGCGAUUUUAAUUUUGACAACGUCCUUUCGGCCAUGAUGGCACUCUUCACGGUCUCGACUUUCGAGGGCUGGCCCGCGUUGCUGUACAAAGCCAUCGACUCCAACGGGGAGAACGCCGGUCCAGUCUACAACCACCGCGUGGAGAUCUCCAUCUUCUUCAUCAUCUACAUCAUCAUCGUUGCCUUUUUCAUGAUGAACAUCUUUGUGGGCUUUGUCAUCGUCACCUUCCAGGAGCAGGGAGAAAAAGAGUAUAAGAACUGUGAGCUCGACAAAAAUCAGCGUCAGUGUGUUGAGUAUGCCUUGAAAGCACGCCCCUUACGGAGAUACAUCCCCAAAAACCCCUACCAGUACAAGUUCUGGUACGUGGUGAACUCCUCGCCUUUCGAAUACAUGAUGUUCGUCCUCAUCAUGCUGAACACGCUCUGCCUGGCCAUGCAGCACUACGAGCAGUCCAAGAUGUUCAAUGAUGCCAUGGACAUUCUGAACAUGGUCUUCACGGGGGUGUUCACUGUCGAGAUGGUUUUGAAAGUCAUUGCGUUUAAGCCCAAGGGGUAUUUUAGUGACGCCUGGAACACGUUUGACUCCCUCAUCGUAAUCGGCAGCAUUAUAGACGUGGCCCUCAGCGAAGCCGACCACUAUUUCACUGAUGCAUGGAACACUUUUGAUGCCUUAAUUGUUGUGGGUAGCGUCGUUGAUAUUGCUAUAACUGAAGUGAAUCCAACUGAAAGUGAAAGUCUCCCUCUCCCAACCGCUACUCCAGGGAACUCUGAAGAGAGCAAUAGAAUCUCCAUCACCUUUUUCCGUCUUUUCCGAGUGAUGCGGUUGGUGAAGCUUCUCAGCAGGGGCGAAGGCAUCCGGACUCUGCUGUGGACUUUCAUUAAGUCCUUCCAGGCACUACCAUAUGUCGCCCUCCUCAUCGCCAUGCUCUUCUUCAUCUAUGCGGUCAUCGGCAUGCAGAUGUUUGGGAAAGUUGCCAUGAGAGAUAACAACCAGAUCAACAGGAACAACAACUUUCAGACGUUUCCCCAGGCGGUGCUGCUGCUUUUCAGGUGUGCCACAGGGGAAGCCUGGCAGGAGAUCAUGCUUGCCUGCCUCCCGGGGAAGCUGUGCGACCCAGACUCAGACUACAACCCCGGAGAGGAAUACACUUGCGGAAGCAACUUCGCCAUAGUCUAUUUCAUCAGCUUUUACAUGCUCUGCGCUUUCCUGAUCAUCAACCUCUUCGUGGCUGUUAUCAUGGACAAUUUUGACUACCUGACCCGGGACUGGUCUAUUCUGGGGCCUCAUCACUUGGAUGAAUUCAAAAGGAUAUGGUCAGAAUACGACCCUGAAGCAAAGGGAAGGAUAAAACACCUCGAUGUGGUCACUCUUCUCCGACGAAUCCAGCCUCCUCUGGGGUUCGGAAAGUUAUGUCCACACCGAGUAGCUUGUAAGAGAUUAGUCGCCAUGAACAUGCCUCUCAACAGUGACGGGACAGUCAUGUUCAACGCAACCCUGUUUGCCUUGGUCCGUACGGCUCUCAAGAUCAAGACUGAAGGGAACUUGGAGCAAGCCAACGAAGAGCUCCGUGCAGUGAUAAAGAAGAUCUGGAAGAAGACGAGCAUGAAGCUGCUGGACCAAGUCGUCCCUCCAGCUGGUGAUGAUGAGGUAACCGUGGGGAAGUUCUAUGCCACUUUCCUGAUACAGGACUACUUUAGGAAAUUCAAGAAACGGAAAGAACAAGGCCUGGUGGGAAAGUACCCCACGAAGAACACCACGAUUGCCCUCCAGGCGGGAUUAAGGACUCUGCACGACAUCGGGCCAGAAAUCCGACGUGCCAUAUCCUGCGACUUACAAGAUGAUGAUCCGGAAGACUCAAAGGCAGAUGAAGAAGACACAUUCAAAAGAAAUGGUGCCCUGCUUGGAAACCAUGUCAAUCAUGUUACUAGUGAUAGGAGAGAUUCCCUUCAGCAGACCAAUACCACCCACCGUCCCCUGCAUGUCCAAAGGCCUUCAAUUCCACCUGCAAGUGAUACUGAGAGACCGCUGUUUCCUCCAGCAGGAAAUUCGGUGUGUCAUAACCAUCAUAACCAUAAUUCCAUAGGGAAGCAAGUCCCCACCUCAACAAAUGCCAAUCUCAAUAAUGCCAAUAUGUCCAAAGCUGCCCACGGAAAGCGGCCCAGCAUUGGGAGCCUUGAGCACGUGUCUGAAAAUGGGCAUUACUCCUGCAAGCGAGAUCGAGAGCUUCAAAGAAGGUCCGGUAUCAAAAGAACCCGCUAUUACGAAACUUAUGUUAGGUCUGAGUCAGGAGACGAACAGCUCCCAACUAUUUGCCGAGAAGACCCUGAGACACCCGGCUACUUUAGAGACCCCCACUGCUUGGGGGAACAGGAGUAUUUCAGCAGCGAGGAGUGCUGUGAGGAUGACAGCUCCCCCACCUGGAGCAGGCAAAACUACAGCUAUUACAACAGGUACCCGGGCAGCUCCAUGGACUUUGAGAGGCCCCGAGGCUACCAUCACCCGCAAGGUUUCCUAGAAGAUGAUGACUCGCCCGUUGGCUAUGAUUCACGGAGAUCUCCGAGGAGACGCCUUCUGCCCCCCACCCCACCAUCCCACCGGAGGUCGUCCUUCAACUUUGAGUGUCUACGCAGGCAAAGCAGCCAAGAAGACAUCCUCCCGUCGCCUGCCGUGCCUCACCGCGCUGCCCUGCCCCUGCACCUGAUGCAGCAGCAGAUCAUGGCUGUGGCGGGCCUCGACUCCAGCAAGGCCCAGAAGUACUCUCCAAGCCACUCCACCCGGUCAUGGGCCACCCCCCCAGCAACCCCUCCAUACCGGGACUGGGCCCCAUGCUACACUCCCCUGAUCCAGGUGGACCGCUCAGAGUCCCUGGACCAGGUCAAUGGCAGCCUGCCGUCCCUACACCGCAGUUCCUGGUACACAGAUGAGCCGGGCAUCUCCUAUAGGACUUUCACACCAGCCAGCCUGACGGUCCCCGGCAGUUUUCGCAACAAAAACAGUGACAAGCAGAGGAGCGCAGACAGCCUUGUAGAAGCAGUCCUGAUAUCCGAAGGCCUGGGACGCUACGCGAGGGACCCGAAGUUUGUGUCAGCCACAAAACAUGAAAUUGCCGACGCGUGCGACCUAACCAUAGACGAGAUGGAGAGCGCCGCAAGCACCCUGCUCAACGGCAGCGCGUGCCCUCGAGCCAACGGGGACACGGGCCCCGUCCCGCACGGCCAGGACUACCAACUCCAGGACUUUGGCCCUGGCUUCAGCGAUGAGGAGCCCGACCCUGGGAGAGAGGAAGAGGACCUGGCGGAUGAGAUGAUCUGCAUCACCACCUUGUAGCCCAGCGAGGGUCGGGCUGGCUCCAGCCCGCGGCGGGCGCUGGGAGGGCCAGGGAUGAAGUGCCUCAUAGUUAGGAAAGCUUAGGCACUAGUUGGGAGAAAACGCUGUUAGACUUUGGUGCAAGUGAUGGUACCGCGCCCCCAAGGAAGCCAUAACCUGGUAGAAGCAGGUUCCGAGUGGCCAGGUGUGUGGUGUACACCACACGCUCGGGCCCAGCCUCAGAAGGCAGUAUGUCUGGCCCCUCGAGAGAAAGGGUGGGUGGUCAGAGAAAGGCAUCCUGGCCUGCACAGAGGCCAGAAGGGCUGCCCCCCCCGGAAGUUCAAGCCUCACGCCCAUGUAUCUGAAGACGUGACAGAGAGGUUAAAGGUGAUGACAAUCACCACACCCACCCGUGUCGUUACCUCAGCCAUCAGUCUAGCGUAUCAGGCACACACCGGGCCCAGCGGCGUAUCCAUUUCUGAACGCCCCCUCCCCCCCAAAACACAGCUUCCUGGUUCCUGCGCAGCUGUGCUGAACAGUACAUGAGAACCCAGCCACGAGUAGUGGUCAGGCCGGGGCGGGGGUGGGGCCGGACAGAUGCGGUUUUGUUAUGCGACACCAGUUUACAUAAGAGAACAUCACUCAGAUGGUCAGUUCUGUCACACUAAGGGCAGCUGUAAACUGGAAGAGUAACGCACUUGCAAACCAGGUCAAUUUAGAUAUGCUAGUUUGUUUAAAAAUUACAGAUUUACUGUACAUGACUUGUAAUAUACAAUUUGUAUUUGUAAAGAGAUGGUCUAUAUUUUGUAAUUAUCGUACCGUAUUUGAACUGCAGCAAUAUCCCAUGGGUCCUAACAAUUGUAGUAGUUUUUCCCACCAAAAAUCUAGAAAAUAUUUAGUAUUUUUACUUGGGCUAAACAGAAUUAGGAGAAUUAGAGCCACUUCUCACGUAUUAAGUAAAAGAGUCUUUUGGGGAUAAACUUCUGAGUUCAGAAGAACUUGACACUUAAGAAAUUUUUCUAAAAUAUUUUGAGUCACUAUAAACCUAUCUUUACAUAAGACAUCGAGAUGCUAUUUGCAGUCUUUUCUUUGGGUCCUACGAUUUUUAUAUUGUACCUCCUCUCUACGUGGGUUGCAACUGUCUUUGGUCUGGUUCCACUCCAGUAAUCCCCUGCUCGGCCAGUCAUACAGCAGGUUCAGCUGGCUACUCUGCCCAGGGGUACCCGCUGGUGGGUCUGGCUUCCUCGGCUGCCGGUGCGGGAUGCUUCUGGUCCCUGAUGCUGAAGUUACCGCACAGGUGAACUUGCAGGCAUCUGCUCCUAUCCCCAAGGAUGCUUAAGAGGAGGCACCGGCGCGGGGAGAAGAGGGGAGCCCUGUGGCGGCAACCUGGGCAUGUUGGGGUCUGUGCUGGUGUCCUGUUGCCUUUCACAGCUGCUGUGUGGGGGGGCGUGUUCUCUGUGAGAGCUGUUAUAUGCAACUGAACAAGGGCUGGAGUUUUCAUGAGAAGACAUGCACGGACUGUAUGCCCAGGGACAGCCAGCGUUGGAGCGGCCAAGGUUUCCCAUUCUGCCGACAGUCACGUUUGGCACCGCCCCAUUAUUUUGCUAAGGAUUAUCUGCAGUCGAAAAUACAGGUAGCGAAUCUGGGUUCGAAAUUUUUAACUAGCACACAGACAACCUGUGGUGGGGGGGAACACUUUUUUUUUGUAAAUAACACUUUUGCUACAAAGACCUCACAAACCUCUUCCUAGGACAUUCUUACUCCAGAUGCAGGCAAAAAAAAAAACACUUCAAGGUUUGUAAAUGACUAUUUCCUGACGUAAAGCCUUUUUUAAUUAAAAUGCAAAAUGUUCUCCAGAA